AUGUUGGUGAUGGUGGUGGCAGUGCUGGUGAUGAUGAUGGUGGUAGAUGCAGUGUCAGUGGUAAUAGUGGUGGUGGAGGUCAUGGUGGUGGCAGUGCUGGUGAUGAUGGUAAUGGUGAUAGAGGUGGUGGUAAUGGUAGGUAGUGGUAAUGGUGAGAGAGGUGGUGGUGAUGGUGAUGGUGGUGGCAGUGCUGCUGCUGAUGAUAGUGGUGGUGGAGGUGGUGUCAGUGAUGAUAGUGGAGUGGUGGUGAUGAUGGUGGUAGUGGAGGUAGAGAUGGUGGAGGUGGUGGUGAUGGUGGUAGUUGGAGGUGGAGAUAGUGGAGGUGGUGGUGAUGGUGCUAGUGGAGAUGGUGGAGGUGGUGGUGGUGGUGGUGAUGGUAGUAGUGGAGGUAAAGAUGGUGGAGGUGGUGGUGAUGGUGGUAGUUGGAGGUGGAGAUAG